AGUUGCAUGGUUGACUUGUGUACCCUAUUUAUACCCCCAUCCUAUCGCUUCAUGAGAUGCUCCAUUCCCAAUUUCCCUGCAGCCGCGGCCUCCAGAAAACACCUCUCUCUCUCUCUCUCUCUCUCUCUCUCGGACUGAAACUGCAGCAGAUAGUAGGGUAGAAGAUGAGCUCGUCGAUCAGCAUGAUGGAGGCGAGAAUGCCCCCGGGGUUCAGGUUCCAUCCCAGGGACGACGAGCUCGUGCUGGACUACCUCCUCGACAAGCUCUCCGGCCAUGGCCAUGGCGGCGGCGCAGCCAUCGUCGACGUCGACCUCAACAAGUGCGAGCCAUGGGACCUUCCAGAAUCUGCGUGCGUCGGUGGAAAGGAGUGGUACUUCUUCAACCUGCGCGACCGCAAGUACGCGACGGGGCAGCGCACCAACCGCGCCACGCGCUCCGGCUACUGGAAGGCCACCGGCAAGGACCGCGCCGUCGUCGCCGGCGGCGACGGCGGCGAGGAUGCGGCGGCGGUGGUGGGGAUGCGCAAGACGCUGGUGUUCUACCGGGGCCGAGCGCCCAAGGGGAGGAAGACGGAGUGGGUGAUGCACGAGUUCCGCCUCCAUCCACACGCCGCGCCGUCGCUACCAGCUGCGGCAACGAAGGAGGACUGGGUGCUAUGCAGGGUGUUCUACAAGAGCAGAACAACCACCCCAAGGCCAGCAUCUGACGAUGCCCAGGACGGCACCCCAUCAGCUGAGCCACAACUGUCUGCUGCCCUGCCGCUUGGGCCGCUGGCUGACACAUACACUGCCUUCGGUGGUGCCCCAACGGUUUUUGAGCAGGUGUCCUGCUUCUCCGGUCUGCCAGCACUGCCGUUCAAGAGACCAGUGAGCCUUGGGGACCUUCUGGCGUUCGACACCUCUGAGAAGGAAUCCAUCGGGACAGUGAUGAGCAGUGUCUCAAACAACAGUAGUUCAGUACUGGAGCUGACUCCAAAUUGCAACUGGAACCAGGAAAAUGACAUGUUACAGAUGUGGAACCCCCUAGGGAUAUGAGAUAGAUCUGUGUUGUUUCGUUGAUAGUGGUUGUGAAGUGCUGUCCCAGGUCUGGAGUGCUAGUACUGAGUGUACAUGCAGAUUAAAUUUGAUUAGUAGUGUGACAUACAGAUUACAGAUUAGAUUAUUCAUUAUUGGACUAAUGGCUUGGCGUAGUAUUUGUACAUAGGAUUGCUAAUGAAGGAACCGUGUCCUUGUAUCUUGUUCAGUUGUUCAUAUUUCUCUGUUCUCAAAAUAUGUUUCUAAGUGCAGAUGAACGCGAAUAAAUGA